AUGGAUAGUAACAAAAUGGAGAAGACGAGAGAAACUGUUAUGUAUUCGCAACUCCAACCAUGGAGUACAGUGGGAGUAUUGCCUUGUAUGGAACAAAUUGCUGGACCACCAAUUCCGAUCAGGGUUGGAGAAUUUUAUAAAACGCCAAAACCGCAUCCGUGGCGUCCUACUUUGGGAUAUGAAAUUGUAGAAGCAUUUUCUUUGCCUGCACAACCUGUGACGAACUUGUUGUCAGAUACUUGUUACAUGCCAAAUGGAAUGGCUACGGAAUCGUUGCGAUUUCCAAAUUUAGUGACCGGUUUCGAUCGAAAUCCGGCUCACGCAGCUCGAGCUGCACUCUUCACAAGAUACGGUCCGUACGAAUGGGUACAAAACCAACUGAAGCUUUACAAUGAGUCGAACAGCAAUAGAAAUUAUUCGGAAAACUUACGGCAGGACACUGUUCGUAUGAUGCGAGAAGCCGACGAGAAAGUACAAAAUGGUCAAACUGAAACAGGCCGUAAAUUAGGAGAAAGAAUUACGGACACCACAUUCUGGAGAAACGAGGUGACUUCGGAGUUAGAACGAUUGAUAAUUGAAAAUAAAAAGAUGCAGGAGUGCCGUCGAGGCUUACAAACGACAAUACAAAGCUUAGAAGGACAAUUGCACAUAGCGCAAGAAUGUUUAUAUUAUCGAGAAGCUAGGACAGGUUCCGACUUGGUUCACGAUCAAGUUGAACAUGCUCUCCUAAAAGAGGUGGAGGUGAUCAGGAAUUGUCAAAAUAAAUUGGAACACUUUACUGAUAAAUGUGUUAAUCAACUUACAAAUAGUAGAGCUGUGCAAAAUCAAUUAGAGAUCGACAUAAAAAAUAAAGAAACUGCUCUUGGAAUUGAUAUAACGUGUCACCAAAUGAAUAAUUUCAGUCGCGGCUUAAAGUAUUAUGGUGGUAUUGAAAAAUAUGAUAAUAGCGUCACGCAAGCAGAGUCAUGGGCCGAAGCUUCCAAUAACGUUGUAAAAAAAUCACAGACGGAAAGGUCAAAAUCUAGUAAACUGCAAAGCGAUAUUGAAAUAGCUAUAAACGCGGUUGGACAUGAAAUGUGGGAGGCAUGGGGCAAUACGAACAAUGCAUUGGCCAGAAGGGCCGCUGAGAUGCUUGAAGCGAAAGAAAAAUUACAAAUACAUUUACAUAAAAUUCAACAAGAAAUCUUUGAGAUUGAAAAAAAUUUACAAUUGAUGCAAAAAGCCAUUGCAGAUAAAAGUUCUGCUUUGAAAGUGGCACACACCCGUCUUGAAGGUAGAACACAUCGACCGGAAGCAGAAUUAUGUAAAGAUUAUGCUCAAAUCAGAAUGAUACAGGAAGUAGAAACUAUAAAUUCAAUGAUAAAUGAUAUGAAUUUGAAGUUACAAAGAUUCGAAGCACAACAUCAGCAACUAUUAUGUACUAGAUCUAAUUUGGAGACAGAUCUAAAAUCCAAAGUCGAUGCAUUAUUUAUUGAUAGAGAAAAAUGCAUGAGUAUGCGAAGAAGUUAUCCAAUCGCAUCGGUUAUUAAGUUUUAA